AUGUCAGGCCAUGCUGAAUCUGCCGUGCGGCCAGAACCCGACCAGGUGCUUCAAGAUAUCGCGGAUUACGUCCACAACUAUAAGAUUGAGUCGGAUUUGGUCUGGGAAACUGCCAGACUCUGCUUGAUCGAUACGAUUGGAUGUGGGUUGGAAGCGCUCCGAUUCGACGCUUGUGCGCGACUCCUCGGACCAGUCGUCGAAGGCACCGUGGUUCCAAACGGAACGCGGGUACCUGGUACCAACUACCAGCUAGACCCAAUCCGUGGAGCGUUCAACAUCGGAACCCAGAUACGUUGGCUGGACUUCAAUGAUUGCUUCUUGGCCGCGGAAUGGGGGCACCCGUCCGAUAACCUAGGAGCCAUCCUGGCGGUCGCUGAUCACCUUGCCCGUAAGGGCGAACCGUUGACCGUCCGCGACAUCCUGGAGGGGAUGAUUAAGGCACACGAGAUCCAGGGCGGUCUUGCUCUCCUGAACUCAUUCAACCGUGUUGGUCUCGACCACGUUGUUCUCGUCAAAGUAGCAAGCACCGCUGUUGUUUCGAAGCUCCUCGGUCUCAACCGCGCCCAGACUAUCGAUGCCAUUUCUCAGGCAUGGGUAGAUGGUCAGUCUUUACGCACGUACAGGCAUGCGCCGAACACUGGUUCGCGCAAGUCCUGGGCGGCGGGAGAUGCCUGUUCCCGAGCUGUUAAUCUCGCCUUACUCGUGAAGAAGGGUGAGAAGGGCCUACCUUCGGUCUUGACGGCUAAGACCUGGGGCUUCUAUGACGUCCUCUUCAAGUUGCCUUACUCGAGCUACAUCAUGGAGAACGUACUGUUCAAGAUUUCGUAUCCUGCGGAGUUCCACGCUCAGACCGCUGUCGAGGCUGCGCACAUCCUGCACAGCAAGCUGAAGACACUGGGCAAGACGAGCGACGACAUCAAGAGCAUUCGCAUUCGCACGCAGGAGGCCGCGAUGCGCAUCAUCAACAAGCGCGGCCCCCUUGACAACUUCGCUGACCGGGACCACGAUAUCAAUUACAUGGUGGCGUACCCCUUGAUCUAUGGUGAGCUCACCUCCGAGUCCUACACAGACGCCGCGGCGGCGGAUCCUCGUAUCGACGCUCUUCGCGCGAAGAUUACCUGCGUGGAGGAGAAGUCAUACAGUGUCGAUUAUCACGACCCAGCGAAACGGUCGAUCUCGAACGCCCUUCUCGUCGAGCUCAAUGAUGGCACGGUACUCGAUGAGGUUGAGGUCGAGUAUCCUGUCGGACACAAGCGUCGACGGGCUGAAGGAACUCCGUUGCUGCUUCAAAAGUUCAAGAACCAUAUUGCACCGCACUUCAACCAGGCCCGCCAGUCUGAGAUCCUGGAGGCUGUCAACGACUCGACGUCAUUCUUCAAUUGCCUGCCGACAAGUUUACCGAUCUCUUCGUCAAGGCGUAGGUGCAGGAGUGAUCGCCAUCGUGCUCUUGUACGCAGAAGAUACAAGACCUGA